AUGGCGCCAGAUCUAGGGCCAGCCCUGGGCCUGCCUACGGCUCCCAACCUGGAUGUCCAUCCAGCCCCCAUCGGAGAGCCACCAGCAACUUGUCCCUCACUGCCCACUCCAUCCAUGUCACUGAAGGGGUGGCGACAUGGGGCGGCGGGACUUCCACCUCAGCCAGUGACUUACAACUACUGGCCUUCACAGGGCGGGAACCAAGGACACACAGCCGUGCCCAUACAAGAGGGUUUUACUGAGUACCUGAGGCAGCCAGCGGAAAAUACGGAGCGCAAGAGUUGGUCAUUCCAUCAGUCUUUCCGCACCGCUUCUUCUGUGAGAAGAGGAGGUCAUGGGACAUCUGGAAAGAGGUUAUUUGUGACAGAUGCUAAAAGUGUGGGAUGGGCAGCAUCAGGAGGAGGAUCGACGAGGUCCAUCUACCAGAAAUUCCGAGACAUUGACCUGAUGGACAAGAAGAAGACGGUGACAGCUAUGAAGGCUGGGGAGGACCGGGCUAUUCUCCUAGGCCUGGGCAUGGUCAUUGCGUCGGCCAUGAUGUACUUUGUCCUGGGCAUCACUGUACUGCGCUCCUAUGCAGACAGUGUGUGGACAGAGAGGAGUGUCUGUAUCGUGCUCAACUCCACCAUCACAGCAGACAUGAACUGCUCUUACAGCUGUGGCUCGGACUGCUGGAGAGGCUCCAAGUACCCCUGUCUGCAGGUCUACGUCAGUGUCAACACCACGGGCAGGCUCAGCCGCUUAUCACACAAUGAGGAGAGCUGGGACGCCAACUUUGAGUGUUUCUACGUGCCAAAGUGCCAGAAGGACACCAAUGCCAUGCACCACAUUAUCGUGAACAUCUCAGAGCGCCUGAAGCCGCACCACCAGGUCCCGUGCUAUUACGACCCCAGCGACCAGCAGGAGAGUGCCCUCCUGACCCGACAGUACGGCCACAGUCCCGUCUUCCACUCGCUCUUCUGGCCCUCCUGUAUGCUCACGGGGGGCACCGCCAUCAUCUUCAUGGUCAAACUCACCCAGUACCUCUCCAUUAUGUGCGAGCAGGUUAUCAAGAUCGAAAGGUGAAACUUGCUGGCGUGGCAGCUGAGAGCGUCAAACAUGGCCGCCAGUCCGGACAGAUGAUGACA